UUCAAAUGACGGGCGUUCUAUAGAAAAGAAUAAUGACAAUGGGUGAGGUUGCAUCGAGUUUUCAGCUGUAGUAAAGAUCGCCGGAAGUUGAGGCCAGUGUUCCAUGACUCUUUGUUGAUGAGGGUGCCGCCGUUCGGUGGAUGGUAGUUCGUUUUCAGGUGUUUGGAUGUCUACUAAGUAGGGCCCCUAACUUACUCACCUGCUUUGGAUACCCCUUGUGUGUGAGAACAGAAUCUCCCAAGUUAUGAAACGAUUUGAAGGUGCUAAGUUGAUCUUUUGGACUCCAGUAAAGGAUAAGACAUUUCCUUAUGACAAGCAGGGCACCAAUCCCUUAGCGGCGACUUGUCGAGGAAAAUUGCAAAUUCAGCGAGCGAAAUUGAAUCAAGAAAUAAAUUACCAAACUAUGAUGAGGAAUGGGGCGGAAAAAUUAUACAGGGCGACAACAAAUAAAAAAUUAAAAGAAACCAUAGCUUUGGAAUUGAGUUUUGUGAAUUCCAGUCUUCAACUUCUGAAAGAACAGUUGGCGGACUUGAACAGCUCUGUGCAACUUUAUCAGAAUAACAGUUCCAUUCCUACAAUGCCAAUGGUACCUCUUGGGUUGAAAGAAACGAAAGAAAUCGAUUUCAAGGAGCCGUUUAAGGAUUUUAUUCUGGAGCAUUAUAGUGAGGAUGACAGCAAAUUUGAUACUGCCAUACAGCAGUUAAAUCAAAUAAGACAGGCAAUAAGAACACCUUCCCGAGAUGCAUCAGGAGUGAAAAUGCUAUUUCAUUAUUACAACCUUCUUUAUUUCAUUGACAAAAGAUUCUUUGCUUCACAUAGAAACCUAGGAUUACAUUUUGAAUGGUUUGAUAGUUUAACUGGAUUGCCCAGCAUGCAGAAAAGUAUUGCAUUCGAAAAGGCUUCUAUUUUAUUUAAUAUAGCGGCUUUAUACACACAAAUUGGAGCCAAACAGGACAGAACAAAAAGCGAAGGAAUGGAUGCAGCUGUGGACAACUUUCUGAGGGGUGCAGGUGUUUUCCACUUUUUGAAACAAAACUUCAGCAAUCCUCCCAGCACAGACCUUUCUCCAGAAGUUUUGGAUAUGUUAACACAUUUAAUGCUGGGGCAAGCGAGGGAAUGUUUGUUCGAAAAACUUGUAUCUGAUUCAGAAAAACGCACUCUGCAUCAGUGCUUGGAUAUAGCGCAAGAAGCUGCUCAGGUCUCUGAAGUAUACAAGCAGCUCUACAUUCUGCAAAAUUCGUCAGUUAUCAAAGAUUGCGUUCCCAAUUCUUGGGGUGGUUUGAUGCACGUGAAGAUGGAAUACUACGCAUCUCUUUCACACUAUUACGUUGCUCUUGGUUUAAUUACUCAUAAAGAUGAAUUAAAUUCUACUGUACAAGAAAAACUUGAACACUUGUAUGUAGAUGCAAAAUCCAAUGAUAAAAGGGAAGUGAAGUUUAUUCCACAAAUUGCCAAUGAAAGACUAAGAUUAGGUCGUUCCCACUUGCACCAGGCUGUUGGUACCCUCGAAGAAGCUCUACGGACGUAUCGAAUGUGCCGACAGUUGCAACUCAUUGACAGCCUCCACGAUCUCUUGCAGAAAGCCAAUGAGAAAUCUCUGAGUCUUUUGUCCAAGGUCAAAGAGGACGUGGACCAGUUCCAGGAGAUGUUUGAACCCUCACCCAUUCGAGCAUCUACAAAGUUUCAGUUAAAGUUGACUGACCCAGAUUUAAGUCAAUACAAAGCAACAGACUUAUUUAAAGCUCUGGGCCCCUUGAAAUUUUUCUCUGCCAAACGCCACUGGACAGCAGCUCGCAUCGUAGAGCUGAAAAAGGCUUCUGACGACGCCACUUUUGGUUUUAGUGUGAAAGACGAUUGCCCAGUCGUGGUAACUAGAGUAGAGAUUGGAGGAAUAGCAGAGGGCUGUGGGUUGAAAGAAGGCGACUACAUUACAGCGGUGAACGACAAAGACACCAAAUGGACGACUCAUGCAGAAAUGGCGGAGCUGAUAAAAUCGGCCGGGAAUUCCAUCUCUCUAAAAGUGGUAACACCCAUGAAUUGGAAGUAUCUACAUUCCAGAGGUGCAGCUGGGAUGUCCAUGUGUUCCAAAUCCACGUCUUCGAGUAGUUCCGGUUUCAGCUCGUCCUCAAGUCGGAAUCCCAGUCCGGUUGGAAGUCUCAACGGAAAGGAUAAUGAAAAACGAAACAGUUGGAAUCCUUUCAGAAGGAGAAAUUCGAAAGAUCCUCUGGAAAAUAGCUACAUAACAAACGUCUUGUACAGAUAAAAAAAAGCUUGACAUUUUUUCAUUUAUGAAUAUUCAUUUCAUUGCAAUUGUGGACAAACAUUUUCAUUUAAUGAAAUGCCAUAUUUUAAUUUUUCAUUUUAACAGUCUUCCGAUUAUUCAGUUGAAUUUGAUGGACACGAUUAUAUUAAAACGAUUUUGCAAAAGAAAUCGUGUAUCUCGGUUUU